AUGGCUUUUCAAACUAGCGAGGCUAUUGGUGAUUUGCUGAUGUCCGAGCUACAUACCCCGAAGUUUUUUGACAAUCCACGGUGUAAGACCGAGAUUGCCAUCGCUAUGACUGCGGACCAGAAAUAUCCCAGUGACACACCGUCAACAAUGUGUUUCCAACUGGAGGACGACCAAUCGAGAAUGGAGGAACCAGUGGUGAAGCCGAGGAAAAAGAGCUUCUUCAAACUGCCCUCUUUCCUCAGAGCUCACCCGAAAAAUGUGCAGUCCAGUCAAACACCUGACAGCUCCAAUGAUGAGCUGAAAGAUAAAAGGAAGAAAAAGAGCCGGCUGGCGUCGUUCUUCAGAGCGUGCAGAAAACACAUGAAGAUCUCUUGCCUCACGUCCAACAAAGAGGAGAUGGAGGAUGAAGAGGAGGAAGAGCAGAAAGAGCUCCCAAACUCUCCAGACAAAGGCACUGAUGAUGACUCUCUGUGCUGCUCCACGUUUGAGGUCUGUCUGGAUGUGAAUUCUGUCAUCAUUCAUGAAAUACGCUCUGUGGAGGACGACAUGGACGUCAGUAAAGGAGAAAUCACACUGACACACACUAACUUAUCCUGCGGAGAUCAAAAGGAGGAAAAGGAGGACAGGAUUAUGGAGGAGGAGGUGAAAGACAAGAAAAAGAGAAGGAGAAGGAAGAAAGUGGAAAAGGUGGAGGAGCCAGUGAUGGAGAAAGAGGAGGAAAAGAUUAAAGAGGAGGACGGAGGGAAAGAGAGAAAGAUAAAAGAGGAAGAAAUACAUGAGACAAUGAUGGAGAAGGAGGUGGACAAGAUUGAGGAGGAGGAGGAUGGAAGGAAAAAGAGAAAGAGAAGGAUGAAAGAGGAGAAAAAGGAGAGAAGGAGCAGGAGGAAAGAGGAGAAGGAGAUGAGCAGGAUAAAAGAAGAGAAGGAAAGUGAGGAGAAUGAGGAGGACAUUGAGAUGAUGGACUUGAAAGUGGAGAUAAAGGAUGAGGAGGAGGUGAAGAAGAGAAACAGAAAGAGGAAAAUCAGCAGCAGGGUGAGCAGGAGAAUGAUGAGAAAGAGAAAUAAGAGGAGGAGAAUGAGAGGAUGA